GAUAACGAGGGACGUUAAUCGUCGUAAGCGAUACGCGACCUCCACCCGACGUCGCUCCUUUCGCGACACGCCACGUAUCCAGGCGAAACGGACGAGUGACACGCCAUCGAAUCGAAACGAAUCUUUUCGCGUUGCGUCAUUUCGACACGAUUUUCCCUAGUUUUUCUUUCGAGGCGAAACUAUUCGCUCGUCGCCGGACACGCAACGCGCCGCGCCGGCAAAGCCAGCUCGAUGAAACGGCAAAUUUUCCAUGACGGUGCAACGUGUCUCCAACAUUUGGCUGGACAAGGUGUGCGAAUACUAUUGUUCGAACAAAGAGGCUGCGUUCGAUCAGAGAGAAUCCCUCGCCAAGUCGCUAACGAUGGCUGUGACCCGCCGAACGUGGAUCUGCCUCGGAUUGCUGCUCGUUCUUGCGCACGUGGCUUAUCGCCCGGUGUCAGGCUUUAAACGAAGAUCGUCGAAUUAUUACACCGCAGCGGUGGUGGAAUUUACACCGGCGCACAAAUGGGGCAAAAAUGGUACGCUGACGUUGAGGGACAAUUGCCAAGCCUACAUCGAGUACAUAGAACAGGCGAGCAAACAGGAUGCCGAUAUCAUCGUGUUUCCCGAGGACGGCUUGACGUCGCUGUACAUGCCCGAUCGUUCCCUGAUGGACUCCUGGGCAACCGUGAUUCCAUCCCCCACGGACAACUACGUUCCCUGCACCCAGAAUAGAAUCGCGAACGUCAGCGAGACUCUGACGAGUCUCUCGUGCGCAGCACGACAGAACCGCAUCUACGUGGUGGUAAACAUCGCCGAGAAGGAAUUGUGCACACCCAAUGGUAAGACUUGCCGGGAUGGAGUGAGCUACCACAACACCAACGUCGUGUUCGAUCGAACCGGAAAAGUCGUUGCUAGAUACCGCAAAGUAAAUCUGUACAUGGAGUACCGUUUCGACACCACCCCUGUUCCGGAAGUCAUCACGUUCGAUACCGACUUUGGCGUUACGUUCGGUACCUUCAUUUGCUUCGACAUACUAUUCCCAGUACCAGCGUUGAAUCUGACCAGGAAUCUAGGCGUUACCGAUUUUGUCUACUCGACCGCCUGGUUCUCGGAGGUGCCAUUUUUGACGGCGGUUCAAACGCAAUUCGGGUGGUCCUAUGGCGAGAACGUGAACCUGUUGGCGUCCGGGUACCAUGAAGCAAGGAACGGAAACGCCGGAAGCGGCAUAUAUCUAGGUCGUAAAGGACUCGCCGUUGCCACGAUGACCGCUUCUCCCGCACAUCGGCUGUUGAUUGCUCGCGUUCCGAAGAGGAACGAAUUAAGCAAAUCGAGCGAAUCGAGCGAGUCGAGCGAGUCGAGCGAGUCUAGCGAGUCGAGCGAGUCGAGAGAGCAAAACGAGGUUCAACCAAAAGAGCUCGGCUCGAUACGGCUACUGCACGAUAACCUUACGAACUACGAUUCCGUACUGCUCAAUGCUUCGAUGACCGAAAAGCUUUGCUACGGAGACUUUUGUUGCAAUUUCGACGUUCGCACGAACGGUCCCGCCGAUUCGCAAAUUAAUUAUCGAGCGAUCGUUUACGACGGAGUCCGUCUGUACGGCCAAGACGUCCACGCCGGUGUUCGCGUGUGCAGUGUCGUGCAAUGCUACAAGGGUUCGAUGGAUUCCUGCGGUUUUCCCCGUUCAUCGGACACCACCUUCACCGUUUUGAAUAUCACCGCAACGUACAACGAUUUUUCGAAGCUUUUAAUAAUGCCAGAUGUACUCGAUUACUCGCUGCUUCCUAUUCAACGAUUCUCUUACACGGAGCGCACGCACGGCGAUCAAACUAGUGUCAGCAUCGCUUUAAAUAGACCGACCAAAAAUCUUCUUACUUUCGGCUUGUAUGCUCGAGACUUUACCAGAGACAAAAAUGAUAGACCUUAAUGUUUUAUAAUACGAGUCGGGCGAUAACAGAACUUUUCUGUCUAUCGUCUUUUCGGGCAUGACUAUCGUACAGCCUUAUCGGUAUAUUGGGAAUCAACUUUAUCCCGGAAUGAUGAAAAACUUUGUACUGCCUGAUCUAUCCGAAUAAAUUGAUCAUUAUCGAA